UGCAUAUUUCCAUUUUCCUAGUAGUACACUACUAUUAUACUACUACGUAUUAUAGAAACAAUUCUUUACUCUGACAAAGGAAAGUUAACGAGAAAGAAUUCUGUGGCUUUGGAUCCUUGUGGCAGAUCGUGGCUGCCAGCUUUACUUGGAAUGGGAACAGAAAAAGUAUAAACGCUACCCUGUUUUAAGCUAAAUAUAUAAAUUAUUCAUCCUGGGAUACCAGCACCUGUAUUGCUAAAAUUUCUUGCAGGAUUACACAUAAAAUAAAUUAUUCUGAAAAAGAGGUCCCAUAAAGCCUUUUCGGUCCUAAGCUGGAGGUGGCUCUUGGGUUCUGGUGAGGAUUGAGAGAAAAGGGAAAAAGAGAUGAGGGAGGUGGAGCUAGCUGCGGCGGUCGCGCUACUGGGCUGCAUUCUGCUGUUGGGGCCAAGCUUCACCAAUGCCGACACAGAUCCAAAUGAUGCUGGUGUUCUUUUCGACCUAUACAAGAGUUUGAAUUCUCCAUCCCAACUGACCAAAUGGAACCCAAAUUUUGGUGAUCCUUGUAAAGAAAACUGGAAAGGCAUUACUUGCUCUGGCUCAAGAGUCACAGAAAUAAAAUUAUCAGGUCUUGGGUUAACUGGGUCAAUGGGUUUCGAGCUGGACAAGUUGAAAUCUGUAUCCAACUUUGAUAUAAGCAAUAAUAACCUUGGCAACCAGUUACCUUUCCAACUUCCGCAAAAUGUGCAGCAACUAAAUCUAGCUGGUAAUGGAUUCAAUGGUGGCCUUCCCUACUCCGUCUCGCAGAUGACCUCUCUUAAGUACCUAAAUGUCAGUCACAACCAAUUUCAGGGCCAGCUAGGUGAUAUGUUUGCAUCUCUUACUAGCCUCUCCACUCUGGACUUCUCUUUUAAUGUAAUGUCAGGUGACCUUCCUAAAAGUUUCAGUUCAUGCACCAGUAUGACUGAUAUGAAUUUGCAGAACAAUCAGUUUACGGGCACUAUUGAUGUCCUUGCAAAUCUUCCUCUUGAUAAUUUGAAUGUCGAGAACAACCAUUUCAGUGGUUGGAUCCCUGAUCAGUUGAAAGACAUAAAUCUGCAAACUGGCGGUAAUUCAUGGACCUCGGGUCCUGCACCUCCUCCUCCACCUGGCACACCUCCUGCUAGCAGACCUAACAAAAAUCACAAGUCUGGAGGCAAUAGCAAGUCUGAUGGUGGUAGUAGUGGGAGUAACUCUGGCAUAAGUGGUGGAGCUGUUGCAGGAAUUGUUAUUUCCAUUUUAGUUGUGGGAGCCAUUGUAGCUUUCUUUAUUGUGAAACGAAGAUCAAGGAGGCCAUCCAAAGAUAUAGAGAAGCUUGACAAUCAACCUUUUGAUCCACUUGUUUCGCAUGAAGUACAAGAGAUGAAGUCUAUUCAACCUUCUUCCACAACUAGCACCAUAUCAUUUGAAACUCCUACAUCAAUAAAUCUCAAACCUCCACCUGUUGACCGCAACAAAUCAUUCGAUGAGGAUGAUACCUCAAUGAAACCCAUUAUCCCUCCUAAAAAAGCCGUUACAACUCCAAUAGAGGCAAAACAAUAUUCAGUGGCUGACCUACAGAUGGCUACAGAUAGUUUCAGUGUCGAAAACCUAAUUGGUGAGGGAUCCAUUGGACGUGUCUAUCGAGCUGAAUUUGAUGAUGGCAAGGUUCUAGCUGUGAAAAAGAUAAAAUCGUCUGUACUUCCCCAUGCUGAAGAUUUCCUGGAAAUAGUUGCUGAGAUAUCACGCCUCCACCAUCCAAAUGUGACUGAGUUGGUGGGAUACUGUUCAGAGCAUGGACAGCACCUGCUAGUUUAUGAGUUCCAUAAAAACGGUUCGCUGAAUGAGCUCUUGCAUCUAUCUGAUGAAUAUAGCAAACCGCUAACAUGGAAUAGCCGGGUCAAGAUUGCACUGGGGACUGCGCGUGCACUAGAGUAUCUGCAUGAAGUUUGUUCACCUUCAGUUAUUCAUAAAAAUUUUAAAUCGGCUAAUAUUUUACUUGACAUGGAACUUAAUCCUCACCUUUCUGACUGCGGAUUGGCAAGCCUUGUCCAUGACAUCGAUCAGGCAUUAAACCAAAAUGCAGGGUCUGGAUAUGGUGCACCUGAGGUUUCCAUGUCUGGUCAAUAUACCAUCAAAAGUGAUGUAUACAGUUUCGGAGUGGUCAUGUUGGAACUACUUACUGGACGUCAACCUUUCGAUAGCUCCAGGGCGAGAUCCGAACAAUCUUUAGUUCGAUGGGCAACCCCUCAACUCCAUGACAUCGAUGCAUUGGCUAAGAUGGUUGAUCCAGCACUCAAAGGGCUAUAUCCAGUUAAAUCUCUUUCCCGGUUUGCUGAUGUUAUUGCUCUGUGUGUCCAGCCGGAGCCUGAGUUUCGACCGCCAAUGUCAGAAGUGGUUCAAGCACUGGUGAGGUUAGUGCAACGUGCAAACAUGAGCAGGAGAACACUUGGGAAUGAUCAGGGGUCCUCUGUGCGAUCAAAUAACUCAGAUGAUCAAGACUAGUAGACAAAUAUGAAGCAACUGUUGGAGAGUUUCUUUUUUUUCUUUUUUUUUUUGACUAAGAUACUUGUGAUUUCCUUCCCAAUUCUUUGCUUUUGGGAAAUCACCCGUGGCUGUGAUCAUCUACGCCUUUAGUUUUAGGUUCUUCUUGGUUGCGAUCUAAGCUUUCUGUUGUCCAUACCAAAGGAUUCUUUUCGAGUCUUUUCCUGGCCUUUUCAAUGUAUUCAAAUAGGAAACAAUUGCCACGUGUCUGCCGCAAAUGGUUUGUCAUUGUAACAUUUCCCUCGUAUGUAUGUAUGUAUGUAAUGCAUUUCCCAACCUUGAAUUAAAUGGAUAAGACAAACUCAUUCCAUAAAUA